AUGGUUACAGAUGGAGAAGGUAGCAGGGAGCAUCCUCCACCACAGAAUUUUGCACCGCGAAUUCCAAUGCCCGCGAUGUCAGGCGAUAAUAUCGACGCUUACUUUUAUUCCCUCGAUUUCUGGUUCGAGGCGACGGGCAUUAUCGCCGACACGGCUAAAUUCAAUAUCGUCUUGGCUAGCGUUCCGCCGGCCAAACUAAUGGAGCUGCGCGCCAUCAUCGACGCUGCGCCAGCUAUGCAAAAAUAUCAGUACAUUCGCACUAAACUAUCAGAAAAUUUCGCCGAAAGCCAACAACGUCGCCUACAGCGCGUGCUCCGCGAUAUGCCCUUGGGUGACCGUCGCCCAAGCGACCUCUUCAACGAGAUGAAGCGCGCCGCCGGGACUACCUUGAGCGAUAGUAUUUUACAUGACUUAUGGCUCAGUCGCUUGCCACCCUACGCGCAGGCAGCCAUCAUCGCCACCAACGUACCAACGGUGGAUAAAUUAAAAAUCGCUGACUCUAUCUGCGAGUCAUUUCAGUUGCGUGAAGGGCAGGUGCACGAGGUAAGCAAUCCACCACACACCUCUGAGGCAGACUUGCGAGCCGAGGUAGCUGCGCUUAGACAACGCUUCGAUGAGGUUGCAAACGGCAGGAAGGUGCGUCGCCCCAGAUCUAGGACUCCGGCACGCAACCGAGAUGCCAGUAGUGGCGGUGCUAGCGAUUUGUGUUGGUAUCACUCCAAGUUCGGCCGCAACGCCCGAAAAUGUAGGCAGCCGUGUAAGUACGGGCAGCCAACAGCGAAUAACGCCCAAUAG